AUGGAUUCAGAUUCGGGGCCGAAGCUCAGAUCACUCAUUCCUCAGCUAAUGUCUCUCAAAGACACUACGAAUUCGGAGUUCAUAUCACUUCUAAUUCAAAUAAUCUCGCUGGUCAGCUCAUCAAUCGAUUUAGAUUCGCAACCGGAGUCGAAGCUCAUGUCCCUUGUGAGUCAAGCAAUCUCUAUCUUCAACUCUAUGGAUUUGGAUUCCCAGCCGAAGCCCCUGUCGGAUCUCAUAUCUUUCUUUUCUCAAGAAGUAUCUAUCGCCAAUACUUUAGAUUUGGAUUCGGAGCCGAAGCUCAUAUCACUCAUCUCUCAACUAGCCUCUCUCGAAGACACUAUGAAGUGGGAUCUGGACUCGGAUUCUGAUUCGGAGGCUCCGAAACCCGUACCAGCACUCAUUACUCAGAUAAUCUCUCUGGUGAGCUCAAUGGAUUUGGAUUCUCAGCCGAAGCCAGAGUCGAAGCUGAUGUCACUUGUUUCUCAAGCAAUCUAUGUCUUCAACUCUUUGGAUUUGGAUUCCCAGUCGAAACAGCUGUCGAAGCUCAUAUCUUUCUUUUCUCGAAAAUUCUCUCGCGUCAAUUCUAUAUAUUCGGAUUCUGAGCCAGAGCCGGAUUCCGAGUCCAUGUCACUCGUUGAUGAUAUAGGGAGUCUCGAGCCGAGGCCGGAGCUUAUAUCACUCAUCGAUCAAAUACUAAGCUUUAAGGUGGAUUCGGUAUCAAAGCCGGAUGAUGAGCUGGAGUUUGAUGAUUGGUUGUAUUUGUAUGGAUUAAGAUUCGGCAAUAAAAGAGAAUCUCUUGGCAAUUCUGUGGAUUCAGAGUUGGAGUCGAAGCUCAUAUCACUCAUUACGAAACUAAUGUCUAUCGACAUCAAUGGGAUUUCAGAGGAGUGGAAGGUCCUAUUACUCACUACUCAUAUAAUCUCUGUGGUGAGCUCAAUGGAAUUGGAUCCGCAGCCGAAGUCGGAGUCAGAGCUCAUGUUACUUGUUUCUCAAGCAAUCUCUGUCUUCAACUCUUUGGAUUUGGAUUCCCAACCGAAGCCCCUGUCGGAGCUCAUGUCACUCGUUACUCAAACAGUCUAUUUCUUCAAUUCCAUAGAUUUGGAUUCUCAGCCGAAGCAACUAUCGGAGUUCAUAUCACUCAUAACUCAAAAUAUGUCUUUGGCCUCUCCAAAUUGGUACCUGCAACUGAGGUUCAUCGUUAAUGAUAUAUUAAUUCUCGAGCCGGAGCCGGAGCUCAUAUCACUCAUCCAUCACAUAUUCUCCCUCGUCAUUUCUAUGAAUUCGAAGUGGGAGAAGCUUGUUUCCUUAUCCCCUCAAGCACAAGUAAGAUUCGAAGAAGGAGAAGAGAAUUUUCUGACGGAAAUCUCACUGAAGAGCAAUAACAAGUGGGAAUGUCUCUAUGGAAAGUGGGAAAAGUUUAGUUCAACAGGAAAAGGCGCUACCCAUUUUUUUUGCAAAGGUUGCAAUGGCCAGAACCAUGAAGAUUAUGAAAAAGCUCCACUUCAGAUCAAACACCCUCUUCAUCCAAGACAUUCUCUUCAGCUUGUCUUGCUGGACAUCAAUAGUAAUGACACGAAGAGAUGUUAUAGUUGUGAUCAUAGUAUCAGAGGAGCAUUUUAUUAUUGCUUGGCUUGCAACUUUGCUAUUGAUUAUACUUGUGUCUUGAAACCACGAGUCUUAUCUAUAGACAAUCCAAAGUGGCAUGAGCAUACACUUGCUUUCCAACUCGGGCUUCUUUCACAUGCAACUUGUGCGCCUUGA